GAUUUUGUCGACAUGGACACCAUCAAGAGCAAGUGUCCUGUUUUCCAGAAUGGUCGUUACUGCCCAUACAACCUUCCUUGCUUGAAAGGGCUGGGGAAAGGCUGCCCCGAGUUCAAGAAUGGCUGUCCUUUUAAUUAAGAAUGUUAAGACCAUUGGGGAAUUUAAAGCAAAACUUGGCGAGAUGAGAGAUCAAUGCAAAGGCAGGGAAAACUACGACAAGGCUCUUGAUAUGAUUGCAGGCGCCAAUGGUGUGCAAGUGGCGAAGUUUGGACACUGUCCUUUCUUUAAGUAUGGAUGUAUGUUCAAGACCGAUCCCAGUGGUAAACCAAUUGUUCCAGAGUUAUUUACGAUGGACUACAUCAAGGAGCAUUGUCCAGCCUUCCAAAAAGGAAAGUUCUGCCCUUACAACGUGGCCGAGCUCAAAGGACUUGGAAAAAGCUGCCCCGCCUUCAAAGAUGGGUGUCCUUUCAAAGGAGUCAGAAAUAUUGGCGAGUUUGAAGGGAAGCUGGGAGAGAUGAGGGAUCUAUGCAAGGGCAAGACCAAUUAUGACAAAGCAUUGAAGAUCAUCCAGUCUGUCAACGGUCAACAAACCGCAAAGCUUGGCCACUGCCCAUUCUUUAAAUUUGGCUGCCCACUCAAGAAUGAUCGCGAAGGAAAACCCAUUGUUCCUGAGCUUUACACUAUGGAAUACAUAGAAGCCCACUGUCCUGUYUUCAACAAAGGCAAGGCCUGCCCUUACAAUGUUCCAGAGCUGAAAGGACUUGGCAAAGGUUGCCCAGAAUUCAAGAAUGGAUGCCCAUUCAAGAACGUCAAGAAUGUGGGAGAGUUCAAAGCCAAAAUGGGCGAGAUGAGAGAUCACUGCAAGGGUAAAGAGAACUAUACCAAGGCUAUGGAUCUUACUUAUGGAGCAGGUGGGGAAGCCGUUGCUAAAUAUGGUCACUGCCCCUUCUUUAAAAGUGGCUGCUGCUUGAAGUCGGACCUGAAUGGCAGAUUCAUUAUUCCUGGUGAGAUUACAAUGGAUUACGUCAAGGGUCACUGCCCAGCCUUUGAGAAGGGUAAAAGAUGUCCCUACAACGUCCCUGACCUUAAAGGCCUCGGCAAAGGAUGCCCAUCCUUCAAGGACGGAUGUCCAUUCAAGAAUGUGAAGAACGUCGAAGAGUUCAAAGCUAAGCUAGGCGAAAUGAGAGACCAGUGCAAGUCCAAGAAAAACUACACCAAGGCUCUUGAAUGUGUGUACAAAGCCAACACCGAGGAAGCUGCCAAGAUUGGUCAUUGCGCAUUCCUGUAUGAUCACUGUGAGCUCAAGACUGACAACCAAGGCAAACCCAUUGUGUAGGACUGACUUUGCAUUGAUGCUCGUCUCGUCUGACCAGAACAGCACAUAAGAAAAGCACAAAACACACAACCUUCAUUUUGGUUGCAUGUACUGCACUUUUUUGAAGCAUUUAUAAUUGCACCUAUGUAAUCACAAUUCUGAAUAAAAAAAAACAAUAAACAA